UGUUUUGUAGACUACAGUGAACACUGUCAUGGAUACACCUGAAAGCCCGACCCACUCCCCCCAGUCUCUUGAGGAGGAGGAGAAGGGCCUCUCUGACAGUGAACUUCUGAAUUCUCCUAAUGAAGAGGACAGAGUCAUCUCAGACAGUGAGAUAGUCCAUGAAGAGAACGGACAGUUGUUGGAGGAAGAAGAGGAAGACAAAGUUGUAGGAAGCAGAGAAAGGGGUUCAGAUUUAGAUGAGUUGGAAGAAGAGGAUGAAGUAGUCCCUGACUUUGUUUCUGAUGUUGAAGAUGAGGAGCCUGUUACUGACGGAAUGGAAAUGGGACAGGAGGAUGAGACCAUUGUGCUGAUGGAGGGGGAUGAGGACGGGCCACAGGAGAGUCAUUUGGGUGGAAAUGAAGUUGAAGAAGGGGAGGAGGAAGAGGAUCGAGUCAUUGACACCCCGCAGUCUCCAGACUCUGAGCCAGAACGCGUCAAGAGCACCAUUGCUGAAGAAGACGGCGAAGAUGAGGACGAGGAGGGAUACGCAGAUGAUAGGACGGAUACUGCAGCAGAACCUGUUGCAGAAACAGCAGAGGUGGAUGAUGAGGAGGAUGAAGAGGAGGAGGAGGAAGACAAAAACAAGACAAAGGGGGAUGAGGAAGAAGAAAGAAGAGCUGAGGAGAGAAGGAGAGCAGUUAUGGUCAGGGAAAUAACUGACGACUCAGCGUCAGUUUCCCGUGAGCUGGAUGAGCAUGAGUUGGAUUACGACGAGGAGGUUCCCGAAGAGACCAACAUCCCUAUACACUUGGAGGAUGAGGAGGAGGAAGAUGCAAAGGCAGAAGGAGAUGAUGUGGAUAAAAGCGAAGACACAAGCAGCAGUAAGAAGGAGGAGAAAAAGCGCAUCCUUCCCCCUUCUCCUGGUGAUGGUGAGUCUAAGAAAACUGAGGACUCCAAGGGGCUAGAAAGAAUGCGAAGAGAUUCCCUCCGGGACAAGAAGAAAGAUGAGGAUGACGGAGAGAUUGAUGAAGGAGAGAUUGAUGAUGACGAUCUGGAGGAGGGGGAGGUCAAAGAUCCCUCAGACAGAAAGAUCAGACCACGUCCAAUCUGCAGAUUCUUUGUCAAAGGAAAUUGUACUUGGGGGAUGAACUGUAGGUUUAUCCAUCCUGGAGUCAACGACAAAGGUAACUAUUCCCUCAUCAGUAAACCAGACCCUUUCUCACCUAAUGGAGCGCCCCCUGGAGGACCACAUCCACUCAUGCAAAAUAGCCCCUGGGGGGGCCCUGCAGUAGAGGAGCUUCCUCCUCCCCCUCCUCCUCCAAUGGAGCCUCCUGUGGAGAGUGCUUGGGAGCGUGGCCUGAGACAUGCUAAAGAGGUGCUGAAGAAAGCAACCAUCCGUAAGGAACAGGAGCCGGACUUUGAAGAGAAGCGGUUCAACGUGACCAUUGGUGAGGAUGACAGAGAGUUUGACAAGGAGAAUGAUUUCUUCAGAGAGCGCAGCUACCGCAUCAUCAGAGAUGAACUCGAUUUCAGAGAUCCAAUCUAUGGCGAUCCAUAUGCUGAUCCAUACUAUGACUAUGAAAUGGAAGCCCUGUGGCGAGGUGGUCAAUAUGAAAACUUUAGAGUGCAAUAUACGGAAGCACCCCUUCCAUAUCACUACAUCGACCAUGAAAGAGACCGUGAUCCCCGAGAACGACACCGGGACCGAGAGAGGGAGCGAGAUCACCGUGAGAGGGAGCGUCGUCAGAGGGAGAGGGAGCGAGAGAGGGAACGUGAGAAAGAGAGGGUGCGAAGGAAAGAAGAGUGGGACCGGGAUAGAAUGAAACGUGAUGAGAAGGAGAGGCCGAGGGAGCGUGCUGCUCGAGAACCCAGGGAGAGAAAAGAGGAGGACAAACUGAAACCACGCUCUCCCAUCAACAUGCCACCAAAGUAAGUUUAAAUUUAAAGUC